CUGGCAGGUCACUUGUUUUUAAUAUUAUAAGUAAAAGUUUGGUAAUAAAGUUUCUUUAAUAACUUAAAAAUAAUGGCCACAUACGAAGAAGUCAAGGAUAUACCCAACCACCCAGAUAAGUAUUUGAUUGAUGUGCGCAACAAGUCGGAAUUGGCCGAGACCGGCGAAUUACCAGGCAGCAUAAACAUACCAUUGCCAGAGCUGGAAGACGCACUGAAAUUGUCAGAUGCGCAGUUCAAGACCAAUUUUGGCCGCAGCAAGCCAGCUCCAGAUGCAAAAAUAAUUUUCUCGUGCAAGGCAGGAGGACGUGCAGCGCGCGCCGCCAAUACGGCCAAGACCAUAGGGUUUGCCAACGCUAAGGCUUAUCCGGGUUCCUGGACCGAAUGGGAGCAGAAACAAAAACAGUAAAAAACACAAUACAAUGGAACAUACAAAAUUUAAAACUUGUAAAAGAAAUAUUUUGAUAACCUAGCUAAUAAACUAACUAAACCUAA